AUGCAAGUAACUACAUCGCAAAACAAUAUAGCGAACAUCACACCACCUACCACGCCGUGCAUUGCACCAAAAACUACACCAAAUAACAUGUCAUCUGUUGUUAUCAGGCAACCACGCUGUCUGCUGUUUCAACCACGCCACCUACCACGCCGCCUGCCAUUUCAACCACGCCGCCUGCUGCUACAACCACGCCGCCUACUGCAACCACGUCACAUGCUGCUAUUACCACACUGCCUGCUACCCUAUAUUGCAUGCUGCUCCUACUUGCCUGCUAUCCCUACACCGCCUGCUACCUCUACACUACCUGCUACCCUUACACUGCCUGCUACUACCACACCACAUUUAGACAAACUAUUGCAAAUUAUAAAUGAACUCAGAGACAAUCAAAUGAUGGAUAUUGAUGAUAUGUCAAAUAUUAGGUAG